UAACUACUGCAGAUUUGCGCCAUUUCACGAAUGUCAACAUCUAAUAAAAAAUAAUUCAAUUCAAUAAAAUAAUCAAAUACAUAGUACAUUGAGGAAUUUGUUUGCUGGGCAGAAAACAAAGAAAUCUCGCAAGUUCGAGUUGGCGAUGACUAAAACUAUGGAGGAUAGAAGACAGGAAGAACCGCUUGUACGAACAACAGGACGCAUUAAAAAACCUAAAGCCGUAUUUGACCCGUCUGACAAUUAUCUACCAAGGGCACAGCGCAUAUCACUAGCGUCUGCUAGUAACCAAAAUGCAAUACCGGAUCGGCGCAUUUCCCACAGCAGCAGAAUAUCGACAUGUUCCACCGACAGUGGUAGUGCUGCGUCAGUAUCUAAAGAUGCUUGUGUGGUUUGUGGCAAGCGAGAGUCGAAGCGACCAGCAUUUGCGUCCAAAAAUCGUCUCAUAUCAUGUUUGGACUGUGAGAAUAAGAUCCAUAAACUAUGCCUAAAAGUCGAUAUUGAUGAUUUUGAUCAAUUGAGAUCGAAAUUCAAGUGCGACAAAUGCGCUCCAUGUGCAGUGUGUCACAAGGUGGCUAAUUUGGAGAACGGAGAGACGGUAUUUAUGUGCUCGAAAUGUGGAAAGAGCUAUCACAAUCAGUGCUUGACGCAAAAGGCUGUUAAAGCAGGCGAAGAGUUGCCUCGAGAUUGGAAAUGUCCAAAAUGUACAGUUGAGCCCAUUGAUGAUAACGACACAGAGAAUAUGCCUGUUAAGAAGAUACGUGAAAUAAUUGGAGAGAUACAACCACAGCCGGUUACAUCUACUACAAAAGCCAUUCCGGCUGAACCGACUUCGAGCAAUUGCACUCCUUCGCCGGAAUUCAAUUUGAAGAGGGCACAUAGCGUUGAUACAGUAAAGAAUGAAGCCGAGCAGUUAGCUAAAGGCGAAGAAGAGGAUGGACACGUGGAAGAAAAACGGCACAAAGUUGUUAAUCCAGUUACUACUACUGCCGACUGCAGUAGCAGUGAGCCUCGUAAAGCUGUUGUGGAGUCAGUGCAGCGCAAAAGUCCCAACAAUACCAGUGACGAUAUACCGGACGUGAAAAAUUGGACCGUAGACGAAGUUCAUGAUUAUUUUCUCAAACAGUUUCCAAAUGAAGCAGGCGUUUUCAAGGACCAAGAAAUUGAUGGACGUUCUCUUUUGCUAUUGACGCGUAGCGAUGUAGUAAAGAAAUUGCCACUAAAACUGGGUCCAUCACUUCGGCUUUAUAGCGUGAUUUUGAAAAUACAAACUCAAUUGAAUGAUCCCACAUUGGGCUGGAAUUGUAACCUUUGAGUUCAUCAUCUAUUUUUCUUUUUUAUGCAUAUGUUACUUGGAGCCUUUUCGGCGUAGAACUAUAUAUUCAUAGAAUAAAUUCUUUCUUUUCUUUCCGUCUUAUAAUUUUGUACUACAUUGAAUAAAUUCGAAAUACAUACAACAUACAUAAA